GUGUGAAUGUAGCCUGAGAGAAAAAGUGGACUGAUUUAUUUACUUAUUUAUUUUUAUUUUUCACAGCAACCGAUCACAGCUCAACUAAAAAGCUGAGGUAAAGUGAAAGCUGAGCUGUGAUUGGCUGCUGUGGGAAAAUCCCUCCAUUUUUUCUCUCACACAGUUUGAUAAACCUGGGCCCUAACAACCAGCCUUACUGUCAAAGCCGGGUAUUCUGCAUUGUCCAUCUAUUUUGGAAUAAAUCUACAUAUGUGUCCAGCAUAGAAACCAGAAUGUCACCUUUUUAUUUUUGGGUUAAUUUUUCUGGAUCCUCUAUUAAGAAUGGGACGUAUCACUCAGCAAGAUGAUUUCCAGAUGCAAAGGGCCAAUAAAGGAAGGAAUGGUAACCCAACAGAGCCCACAGCUGCCCAAGGAACUGCUCCCUGGCCCCGAGCAGAUGAAGUCUGUGACUUUUAGGAAUUCACCUCAAAGACAUCACAGCCUUCCUAUGCCCAAGAUGAUGGCGCCAUCACGGCCAGUAACCAGAAGUCUGUCUACCACGUCUUUGAGGAAGGCCGGUGAUUGGUUGUCGCACAAGCCUUACGUCCAGCUAUUGGUGGAUGAAGAAAGCCGGGAGCUCAGUGCGAUGACCCAGUGUGUUUUGGACACAGAGAACAUCUAUAACCAGAAAGUGGAUGAAUAUGUGAAACAGGCUGAGCAGGCUGAGCAGAGCAGAAGGGAGAUCCAGCACAAGAGGUGGACAGAACAAGUGGCUUAUCCUCUACAGAUGGCAAUUGAGAAGUACAUUGAUAACCAGUCUGCUGAGGAUAUAGAAAAAAGAAGACGACGUCUUCUGGCUCAGUACUUAAGAUAUUGCAAUAAGAAGGGUAGCGCAUUUAUGAGAGAUUAUGACUCCUCUGAGUACGACCCAUUUAUUAACCGUCUGUACAAGCAUUAUCUCCAGUAUGUUUUGUUUUUUCAGGUUUCUACUCCAAUGUUUCAGGACCCUCUCCUCCAGCAGUCUCAGAAGAAGUAUGAGGAGGAGAAGAUAGCGAUGCACUGUGAGACAGGCAGGGUGUUUUCUGCCAAGGAAAUCCAUGAGCUGAAUUUGCAGAAACUCCCUCAGGUUCCACUGGGUCGGCAGAGCUUAAAUGGAGCUGAAUGGCUGAAGACUCCAUUAGGAUACAUCGAGAGCGAGACCAGGCUGAAGAGCAGGCAGAGAGUGAGGGGGUCCUGUAACCAGGGAAUUCUGGAUUUAAAGCUGUGGACAGAUACAAAAUACCCCCCAGAGAUCUUCAGCACCGAGAUGAAAAUCAGUCAUAAAAGGAGGUUUCCGGUGAGACCAUCAUCCUUACCUGCAUACAUUACACACUGGGGACCCGACCCUGCAGACAACACCAUUACAACAUAGACUGUCCAUGUGACAAAACCGCUGGUGCAGCUUUUAUUACUGUAUUGCAGAGGGGGGGUGUGUGCUUGGUGGACAAAAACAAUAAAAGAAGAAAAAAAUAA